AUGCACAACGAACGACGUGCGACCGAAGCGAUUUCCGCUGCGUCGGGAACAGUGGUCUACGACUGGCAGAUUCGCCCGUCGGGCAGCGACCCGAAAGUGGAACUCAAGCGGCCUGGGCCUGAGUGGUUACAUCAGUAUCUGGGGCCGCAUUGGUUCGGACAGAUUGUGGAAGUGAGACUAAAAGGAAGCGCCAACCCCGGUAAGAGAAAUGAUCUGACGCUAGUUGGUCCCCACCUUGCCAAACUGCCUGCCCUACGUUCGCUCUCGUUGUGGGGUGGGAUUCUCGACCUGGAGGAUUGCCAGCUAAUUGGCCGGUUAACCCAGGUCGAGGAAUUGUCUUUGAUGCCUGAUUCGGUAAUCGAGCCACAGCACACUACGGCGAUCGCGGGUGCUCGAAACCUCAAGAUCUUUCGCCUCAGCCAUGCUAAGACGUCCGCCGCAGCAAUCAGCAAGUUGGCCGCGAUUCCGAACUUGAAUGAACUUGAUAUUGACUGCGAUAGUUUCGACCCCCAGACGGGGAUGCCGCUGACGGAAUACUACCUAAGUGAUGAAGACGCUCACGCGAUAGCAACGUUUCCGAACUUGCGUUCGGUUAUGCUGUCCCAUACGCAGAUUACUGACGACGGUGUGGAGGCACUUUGCAAACUGUCGCAGCUAGAAACGCUCGCUGUGAGCAGUCUUCAUAUUACCAGUGCGGCCUUUGAGCACGUCUCUAAAUUGCAGCAUCUGAAGCAUCUCGGCACUUGGAGAUGGAGAAUCGACGACGCAGAUCUUGUACAGCUCAGCCAAUUGCCGAAUUUGGUCAGCCUUGACCUGCAGACGAGUCUUACGAACGAGAGCGUUUCCCACCUGUUGCAAUUCGAUGGCCUGGAGGGACUAACCCUGAGAGGGGAUGGGGUGACCGAAGACAGCGUUGGACACCUAUGUACGAUGCGUAAACUCACCUGGCUAGACCUCAGCGGCACCAGCAUUUCGAAGAACAGCGAAGCCGCCGCCUUACUUAAGCAAUCGCUUCCAAUGUGCCGAAUCACGUUGCCAAAGACACAAAGAGAAAAGGAAUACGAACGGCGAUUCAAUCGCUGGAAAUGGAGAAUUGGGGUGGGCUGCUAUCUUUUGGUGGUGGGGACUCGCGGCUUUCAGUGGCCGCUGGGUUUCUUGGGUGAUUUGUUUGGAGUCGCCGCUCUUCUGGCUGGUUUGCUGGAACUUGUUGUUGCGGAAGCAGUUGUGGGUUCAAAUCGGGGGGAUGGGUGGUUUGAGAUUUGUCCGGGUGGAGGGAUGCGAGCCAUGUUUAAUCCGUUCAGCGAGAUUGCUGGGGAGCAUUUGUCGGACGCCGGGCUGGUGGAACGGGCGAAGGGUGGCGACCGGGCCGCGCUGGAAGAGUUGGUUCUGCGGCACCAGGCGUGGGUUUACAACAUUGCGGUGCGGAUGGUUUUCGACCCGCACGAUGCGGAGGAGGUGACGCAGGAGGUGCUGGUCAAAGUCAUCACCAAGCUCAGCACGUUCAAAGGCGAAAGCAAGUUCCGCACCUGGCUGUAUCGCAUUGCCGCCAAUCAUGUGUUGAACAUGAAGCGACGCCCGGCUGAGACUCAGGCUUCUGGGUUUGCCGAGUAUGGGGAUGCGAUUAAUAGCAUCCCCGACGCUGAGCUGCCCGACCCGAACAGUGUGCCGGUGGCGGUGCCCGUUCUUGUCGAGGAGGCGAAGAACAGUUGCACCAUGGGGAUGCUGCUGUGCCUCGAUCGUAAGCAGCGGCUGAUUUUUGCGCUGGGGGAAAUUUUGGGCGUGAGCGAUACGGUUGGCAGUGAGGUGCUGGAGAUGACGGCCGCCAAUUUUCGCCAGUCUCUGGCUCGGGCCCGUCGCGACUUGAGCAGCUUCAUGAACAACCAAUGCGGCCUGGUGAAUGCGAGUAAUGCUUGCCGUUGCCCCAAGAAGACGCGCGGUUUCAUCGAGCAUGGGCAUGUCGAUCCGCAGCGGCUGAUGUUUGUUCCUAGCCAUCUCCAGCGGGUGAAAGAUGCCGCGGGGGAAACGGUGCGGGAUAUCGAAGAUCUGGUCGAACAGCAGCAUGCAGAUAUUUUCCGCGAGCAUCCGUUCCUGCAACCGGCGGAUGAGAUUGACUGGCUGCGAAGCAUACUUCAGCGCGAGGCCGUUUCUCGAUGCUUUGCCAAGCGUGCCGUCGUGAAGGACGAGGGCCACACCUACAACGGUCGCGCGGCCAUUAAAGCGUGGAAGAAAGAGGCGUCGUCGAAGUACCAGUACACGAGCGAGUUGCUGGGGUGCGAGCACGAGGGCGAUCGCGUCGUCGUCACCAGCCGGCUCACCGGAAACUUUCCUGGCAGCCCGGUCGAUCUCCGUUACCGCUUCGAACUGGAAAGGAGGGCUUCGAUGUUUGCUGCUUACGCGACGCACGCCGCACCCGACGACCCGUUAUCUGCACUGCGCAUCGGAGAGAUGGCCGAGCCGCAGGUGCCUGAUGGUUGGGUCCGCGUGAGGGUGAGCCAUGCCAGCCUCAAUCGUCAUGACCUGUUUACGCUGUGUGGAAUCAGUGGGCAUCCCGAGGGCAUCAAGUACCCGAUGAUUCUGGGCAACGAUGCCGUCGGGACGCUGGACGACGGGACGUCAGUCGUCAUCUACCCGAUGAUGGGCGACGCUGAUUGGCACGGUGACGAGACGCUCGACCCGCAGUGGCAUAUCCCGAGUGAAUUCAUUCACGGGACGUUCGCGGACUAUGCCGUGAUCCCGCGGCGGAACGCCAUUGCGCUACCCGAGGGGCUUUCACCUUUGCAUGCCUCGGUGCUUGGCACCGCCUGGCUGACGGCGUACCGCGCGUUGUUCACGAAGUCGGGAUUGAGGGCCGGGGAGACGGUGCUGAUUCAAGGUGCCACCGGCGGCAUGGCGACUGCCCUCAUUCAGUUGGGCAGCGCCACGGGCUUUGAAGUGUGGGCCACAAGCCGUACGGAGGAAGGGCGAGCGAAGGCGCGGUCGCUGGGCGCGCACGCCACGUUUCGGCCCGAUGAACCGGUGCCGCGGAAAGUUCAGGCGGUCGUCGACAGCAUCGGCGCCGCUUCCUGGGAGCAUAGCGUGGCGUCGGUGGCGCGGGGUGGAGUACUGGUGACGGUGGGCGGCACGACCGGGUUUGAUGUGUCGCUGAAUCUUCUCCCGGUUGUGGCCGACCAGAUUACCAUCACCGGUUCGAUCAUGGGCACGCUGAAAGACAUGGAGGAUAUGGUGAGGCUGAUCGCCCAGGCCGGCAUCGAACCGGAGAUUGGCGCUGUUUUACCGAUGGAGCGGGCGGCGGAAGGUUUUCGCGAGAUGUGUGAGGGCGGUACUUACGGGAAGUCGGGUCGCAAUUUCAUAGCAAGCGCGAUUGGUAACUCGGUUGGCGAACCUUUGCUGAAGGGCCUUGCAUUGGUGCCCGCUGGCUUGCUUUUCAGCUUAGCUAUUCGGCUGUACUCUUAUGGGAUGCGACCUCUUCGACAUUCCAUUAACGUGACUUUGGACGGGUGUUGCGAUCAUGAGGAAAUGAUCGCGGACGAAACCUUGCGUCGUGAUGCCGUGCAGGAAUUGCAUCGCCAUGCCGUGGAGAAUUUCCAGCGGGCUGAUGCCCUGCUCUUUGGCCGGGUCACCUACCAAAUGAUGGAGACAGCGUGGCGACCGUCGACGGAGACGGGGGGGUGGCCGGAUUGGAUGGAGCCGUGGAUGGAACCGUUCGCCCAGACGAUCGACGCGGCGAAGAAGUACGUCGUAUCGAGCACGCUGGAUGAGGUCGACUGGAACGCAGAACUCAUCCGCGGCGAUUUGGCCACGGCCGUUCGUCAGCUCAAGCAACAGCCGGGCAAGGGGCUGUUCGUAGCCGGGGCAAAGCUCGCGAUGGCGUUGACCGAGUUGGGACUGAUCGACGAGUACGAGUUCAUCUUCCACCCCCGACUAGCCGGCCACGGACCGACGUUGUUCGCCGGGCUAUCGAAGCAAGUCGAUUUGAAGCUGGUGGGUCGGGUGGAGUUUGGGUCUGGGGCGGUGGCGCUGCGGUAUGCGCCGAGGAGGUGA